AUGUUUGAUCCUCGAAGAGACCAACAACCCACAAUUUCUUUUCCUUUGUCCAAUGAAAAGGGACACAUAACAACUCAUAGUUAUGACACUUGGGGAGUCACAAACUCUGGCGUAGUAGCUUCAAAGAAACCACCGAAAACCUACAAGAAUUGUCACAGCUGCAACGACAUGGAAGUGCAAUUCGGAACAGGAGCGAAGGUGGAUGAUGAGUCUGGUAUGUGUUCCCCUCCUUUGUGGUCCACAAGUCCAUCAAAGAGUCCCCAUCAACGCAAAAACUACUACCGGUGCCUUUCCCCUGCAUCCAAGACUCAAGCCAUUGCAAGAGGCCAAAGGGAGCUCAUGGAAAUGGUUAAGAACAUGCCUGAGUCAAGCUACGAGCUUUCCCUCAAAGAUCUCGUGGAACACCCCAGAGUUGAGGUUGGACAAGAAAAAGGGGUGAAUGGGGUGAAAGGGGCAGAGGGGAGGAAACUGAGCAGCAAAAAUGUGCACUCUAGAAUGGUUGAUAAGAAGGGUCAGGUGAAGAGAAGUGGGAACAUUGAUAGUGGAGGGUUUUAUUUGAAAAUGGUGUUUCCAAUUUCUUUGGGGUCCAAAAAGAAGAGCAAGAAUGAGACCUUGGUGAAUAGUAGUCCAAACAAGGUGUCUCCUAGAACAUCGGUUUCUGAUGGAUCUACUAAGGGUUUUGAUAAGGAGUGGUGGAAGAAGAGCCUUUCAGCAUCUGGUGGAGAGAGUGAUAGUGGUGUUUCCAGCAUUAAUAGUGGAAGCAUGAAGAGUUCUGGUAGCAGCAACAGUAGCGGUAGUAGCAGAAGUAAUAGCAGGCAUGAAGUGAGUGGCAGUAGUUGCUGGCCUUUCAUACGAAGACUCGAAAGCCUCUCACAAAAAUAG